CAACAAGACAAUGAGCGGGGACCAUGCAACCGCGAUUUGGUACUCUUGCUCCUCACCUCCCUGCUCCCAAUGCCGACGGGCCUCUCCACGCGCCAUUUACUGCCGCCUUCGCUGCCUAUUCCCGAUGUCAAACUUCGUGUUCCGUGGCCUUCCUGCCACCCCGCGGAUAAGCUCUGCAACCGGAUCUGCCUCAACUGAAGGCUAAACAAGGAUCGUAUGCGUUCGAUAUUGCGUCGGGUGAGUUCACACUCUCGUGGAACUCUGAAGCUGAGCUACGGGAGUGGAUAAUAAAGGAGCAGAGGGAUAAGUCUAUGAUGUGCCUGUCGACAACGAUCUUGCCACUGACAACGAUCAGCCUGCCCGACCUGUCCUUUUGCCACCCGCCCAGCCAAUUCCCCAGGUCUCAAACACUGCUCCAGCACCCGUACCUUAUCAGCACUCUCCCGAGUCGGUGGCGGCUUUGUUAGAUGUGAUUGCAUGCUGUAAUGCAGUUUAUGGACCACCUUAGGGCACUUCUUAUUAUCAGGGUACCGGCUCCUUGCCGUCUGCGGCCAGUUC